AUGGUAAACAUACCCACACACCAGCAAUUUGACAUUGUUGGAGUGCAAGCAGGAGGAUUUCAGUACAUUGGUUGUACACAACAAGAUUUGUACAAUCUUGAAAGGGAUAAGCGUAAAGAGACAAAAGGGCAUGAUGGAGAAAUGUUGCAUGACUACUUUCUGCUAGAGCAAGAAAAAAAAUUUGGGUUCUUUUUCACAAUAAAGGCAGAUGUUGAAAAUAGGAUUACUCAUUGUUUUUGGGCUGAUGCAAUUUCGAGACAAUCGUAUAAGUUUUAUGGUGAUGUGAUUAUCUUUGACACAACAUACCAAACCAAUCGGUAUAGUUUGAUUUUUGCACCAUUGAUGGGGAUAAAUAACCAUGGUCAGGCAAUUGUGUUUGGAGCUGCAUUCUUAAGUGACGAGACUACAGCUUCGUUUGUGUGGUUGUUGAAAGAAUUUUUGAAUGCUAUGCCAGGGGGUCCUCCUAAAAUGAUCAUUACUGAUCAAGAUCCAGCCAUGGAAAAAGCUAUUUCUGAAGUCCUCCCAGACACAUUUCACAGAUAUUGUAGCUGGCAUAUCUUGAGAAAGUUUUCUGAGAAGCUUGAUGCAAUCAAAUUCAGAGAUCACUAUGAUGAAUUCAGAAAUUGCAUUUACUCAUCUGAGAAUGCAGAGGAGUUUGACUUCAAAUGGAAAUCAGUUCUUGCAAAAAGUGGAUUAAGUGGACAUAAGUGGCUGCAAUCAAUUUAUGAAAUUCGGUUUAGAUGGGUGCCGGCUUAUAUGAACCACAUUUUCUCAGCUGGCAUGUCAAGUAGUCAACGAGCAGAAAGUGCGCAUUCCUUUUUUAAGGAUUAUGUUUCUCAUAAAAAUUCUCUAGUGGACUUCAUGGUUCAGUUUAGUCGGGGUCUUUUACACAAACGGCAUGAGGAGUUGAUUUCAGAUCACAUUGACAUCAAUGAGAAGCCAAGAUUUAAGUGCCCCAUUAAGAUGGAAAAGCAAAUGGCUGCUAUUUAUACACGGAAGUACUAUUACAUAUUUCAAGAUCAGUUGUGGGAGAGCUACAGUUACAAUUUUGAGGUCACAAAGGAGGAUGAAACUAAUUGUAUACUUAAGGUUAUGCGUCAGGAUCAUGAGGAUGGAAGAGCCCGAGUCAUUAUGUAUGACAAAUCAAAAGAUUUUGCCUCAUGUAGCUGCAAAUUGUUUGAGAGUGCAGGAGUCUCAUGUAGACAUGUUCUAGCACACUUACACAAGUUACAUCAAGUUCAUAAAUUGUCAGAUCAAUACAUUUUGAAGAGAUGGACAAAAUCUGCAAGAUCUGAGGUUGUGAUGGACAAGAUUGACAUGGAGAUAACUGUUAGGAAGUCCUUACUUGAAAAACGUGGUCUACUGUUCCAGCAAUAUUCACAUGUAAUUGAUAGCGUUGUCUUAAGUGAAGAAGCAAGUCAAUUGUUUCGUGAAACAAUGGAUUCUUUGAUUGAGAAGAUUAGGCCACUACUUGCCAAUAAUAGUAGUGAAGGUGUGGAGCCUUGUGCAAAAACAAGUUCAACUCAUCAGUUUGAUUUUCGAGAACCAGAUGAAGUUAAGACAAAAGGAAGGGCUAAAAGAAUUAAGAGAGGAAAAGAGAAGGAAAAUGGAAAACAUAACAGUUCCGGUAGACAUUGUCAUGGAUGUGGCAAAGAUGGACAGACCCAUGACAAACGCAAUUGUCCACUGCUCAAUCAAUCUGCUGAUGUUGAUACAAAUGAAAAUUUUAGUGAAGAUGACAUUGAUACUGAUAGUUUUCAUCCCAGUAGUAAUUUUGGAGAGACAGAGGAGACAUGCUGUGCUUGCUUAGCUGCUGCUAACUUUUGCUUUUUGGUUCUCAACAUCAAUGUUGAAGCUAGGUCUGGAAUACUAGAGUAA